GGCAUUAUCCUUUCGGUAUACUUCGAGGGUUACUUCUCUAUCGUUUCAAAAAUAGGGUAGUCUUCUGUAUUAUAAAGCCGGACAACUAUGAAGUUCCGUGAGAGGAUAACAGGGGCACUAGAAGCUACCAAGAAAGGGAUAUUCAUUCUGAGUACAGCUUUGAUAGUGUUUGUGGCAAUCAGCAACUCACUAUUAUGGCAUAUGGAAGAGUUUUGGGGUGCGUCUAAAGCUUUCUUUGUUGAGAAAUGGGCGUAUAUCUAUUACAAUUUCGGUUAUGAGAAUUUUUUCAUGAUGUACAUCCUGGGGACUUCUGUUGUUGGAUCGAUUGCUUACAUUUCUACGAACCUAUUUUUUGGUUUUAUUGAUCUCAAUGCUUCACCUCAGUUUAUUAAAAAGUAUAAGAUACAAGACACAAAGAACUUUCCAGUUGAUCCAGUUAAAUAUAAAAAGUGUCUCAAGCUCUCAGUAUUCAAUAGCUAUGUUGUUGGUUUUAUCUUCCUAACAGUAUCCUCCCCCAUUGCUUACUGGCGGGGACUCAGUUGCAGCUAUCAGCUGCCAACAUUCCCUCAAGUUAUCUGCCAGCUGAUAGUAUAUGCUCUAUCAGUUGAGCUAGUGUUCUAUUACAUGCACAGAUUAUUUCAUCAUCGGUUUCUUUAUUCUCGUAUACACAAGAUCCAUCACGAGUGGACAGCUCCUAUCAGCCUAGCCUCCGUCUAUUGUCAUCCGAUUGAGCACUUCUUUGUUAAUUUAUUGUCCACUCUAUCCGGUCCUCUCAUCCUUGGAAGCUACUUCAAUAAUCACGUUGGAUCGGUCUGGCUGUGGGUUGUGAUGGCUCUUGUUAAUUCAACGUACACUCAUAGUGGAUACCAUUUGCCUUUUGUUUCCUCUAACGAAGCACAUGACUUCCAUCACAGCAGGUUUAAUCAGAACUUUGGUGUAUUGGGUAUCCUUGACAGACUACAUGGAACAGAUAACGUAUUUGUUAACAGCAUUGAAUAUAAGAGGAACAUCAUAUUAAUGGGACUUUCAUCGGCUAAAGAAGUAGUGCCAGACGAUAAGAAGAUGAAAAUGACCAAUUGAAAAUAGAUUAGAGAAGUAUCAUUAAAGAACUUAUUAGACUGUAGUAGUAGCAGUGUUCACCUUCACAACAAUUAUUUCAGUCCUUUUAGUUUAAUUCUUAAUAGUGACAAAUUAAUGCA